CUCAGAAUGAUGGCUCCGGACGGCAGCGACGGUGUUUCUCAAUGCGGAUGUAAAGGGAUCCGGCUGUGUCUUUUGUGCGAAAAUCGCAAAGAAAAAGAGGGGACAAAAGAUCCAAAGGUCCUCGCUGGACAAAAUACAUGAUCUCAAAGCAUCAAUAUGCUAGGCGGCGCAUCAUUUCAUCUACAAUCCUGAGACAAAGCUUGCUGUCUGCAAAGAUGCAGGGAGUGCAUCCUUCUCGUUUCCUGGUAUCUUCCUAUGGGACGACUUUAUAUCUGAAGAGGAAGAGAAGCAGCUGAUUAACUCAAUGGACCAGGAUGCCUGGAACCCAUCCCAGUCUGGUCGAAGGAAACAGGAUUUUGGUCCAAAGGUGAACUUUAAAAAAAGAAAAGUGCGUGUGGGUGGCUUCAGUGGACUCCCUAGUUUGAGCAAAGAACUCGUACUACGGAUGCAGCAAGAGCCAUGCCUGUCUGGCUUUCAGCCAGUGGAGCAGUGCAACCUGGACUACAACCCUCAGAGGGGCUCAGCCAUAGACCCGCACUUUGAUGACUCCUGGCUUUGGGGGGAGCGACUCGUCACCAUCAACAUGCUAUCAGACACCACACUCACCAUGUCGCUUGAGCAGGGUCUGCCAGAGCUGGGACUGUCAGAGGAAAUUCAUGUGGCCGUUCGCCUUCCACGCAGAUGUUUAGUCGUGGUUUACGGCGAAGCGAGGCAUCGAUGGAAGCACGCCAUUCGCAGGCAAGAUAUUCACAAGCGCCGGGUGUGCAGCACCUACAGGGAGUUGUCUGCAGAGUUUCUGCCGGGCGGGCAGCAGGCAGAGCUUGGAGCUCAGCUGCUCAAAAUUGCAUUGGACUUUAAAGGAAUUCCAAUAUAACUUUUUGGAUAAGUGCAGAGAUAGCUGGAAUGACAAAAUUUAAGAUACAUUCUUCACUUUUGUUGAGUUUUAAAUAAGGAAAGCCUUGAAAACUUUUUUCAGUCGUCUGUACUUUAGCAAUUGUGCAGUUAAACUUUGACUGUAAUUUGAUGUUCAAAAUAAAUCAUUUUUAUUUAACAAGAGAA